ACAAACCCCUUCCUCCCAAUUACUGCCUGUCAGCGCAAAAUUUAUGAAUUUUUUUUUGUUCUUCAUAGUUACUGCUUGAGUCUGCUUGACUCUGAUCUAUUUGCUCUAUCAUCUGCAUUGCAUAUAAAAUGGUCAAGAAGGCCAUCGACUCGCGUAUCCCGACGCUGAUUCGGAAUAACGUGCAGGAACACAAGCGCAGUUUCUUCAUCAUCAUCGGCGACCAUGCUCGCGAUCAGCUCCCAAACCUCCACUACCUGCUCUCGUCCACGGACCUCAAAAUGAACAAAUCCGUUCUGUGGGCCUACAAGAGCAAGCUUUUGGGUUUCACCAGUCACCGUAAAAAACGCGAGACAAAGAUCAAACGCGACAUCAAGCGCGGCGUCCGAGAAGCAAACUCAGAAGAUCCAUUCGAGCUCUUCGUCGGCCUGCAGAGCAUCCGCUACGUCUACUACAAAGAAACCGAGAAAAUCCUCGGCAACACCUUCGGCAUGUGCAUCCUGCAGGACUUUGAGGCCCUCACUCCCAACCUUCUCGCGCGAACGAUCGAGACCGUCGAAGGCGGCGGCAUAGUCGUCAUUCUCUUGAAAACAAUGUCGAGCCUCAAGCAGCUCUACACAAUGACCAUGGACAUCCACUCGCGGUACCGGACCGAGGCGCACGACGACGUCGUCGCGCGCUUCAACGAGCGCUUCAUUCUCUCGCUCGGAAGCUGCGAGUCUUGUCUUGUCGUCGACGACGAACUCAACGUGCUCCCCAUCUCCGGCGCAAAGAACGUCAAGCCUCUGCCGCCCGUGGACGAGGACGACGAGCAGGGUAACCUGUCAAAAGAGGCCAAGGAGCUCAAGCAGCUCAAGGAGAGCCUCGAAGAUGUGCAGCCCGCGGGCGCGCUCGUGGGUGUCGCAAAGACCGUAGAUCAGGCAAAGGCGAUCGUCACCUUUAUCGAAUCGCUAGAAGAGAAAUCGCUACGCGGCACCGUGACCUUAACCGCCGGCCGAGGCCGGGGUAAAUCCGCUGCGAUGGGUCUUGCCGUAGCGGCAGCGGUAUCACACGGCUACUCAAACAUCUUCAUCACCUCCCCCAGCCCGGAGAAUUUGAAAACCCUAUUCGAAUUUAUCUUCAAGGGAUUCGACGCCCUCGGCUACGACGAGCACAUGGACUACGACAUUCUACAGUCGACUGAUCCCGAGUUCAACAAAGCAAUCGUGCGCGUCAACAUCUUUAGAUCUCAUCGCCAGACUAUCCAGUACAUCCGCCCGCAGGAUGCUCAAGUGCUCGGCCAGGCCGAGCUCGUCGUGAUUGACGAAGCGGCCGCGAUCCCCCUGCCUCUGGUCAAGAAGCUUCUUGGCCCAUACCUAGUGUUUAUGGCUUCGACCAUCAACGGAUACGAGGGAACCGGUCGUUCGCUCUCGCUCAAGCUUAUCCAACAGCUACGCGAACAGUCACGCAUGAUUGCUCCCAAAAAGGAAAACAGCGGUUCGUCGUCGUCGUCGGCAAGCGGGAACGCGAUCGCGGUCGUGGAUCGAUCGGGUAAGCAGUCGACGAAUUUCAACCUUUCGGGUGGGUUCGGGAGCCGCACUCUACGCGAGAUCGAGCUAAACGAGCCCAUUCGGUAUGCACCCGGUGACGCGGUUGAGAAAUGGCUCAACAAGCUUCUCUGUCUCGAGGCGACCUUGCCGCCGAGCAUAUCCUCUGCCGGCGGAAAGAAGCGGUUCCCGCAUCCGAACGAGUGCCAGCUGUACUGCGUCAAUCGGGACACGCUCUUCUCGUUCCAUCCGGUCUCUGAGGCGUUUCUGCAUCGGAUGAUGGCGCUCUACGUCGCGAGCCACUACAAGAACACGCCGAAUGAUCUUCAACUUUUGAGUGAUGCCCCCGCGCACCAGCUCUAUGUGUUACUACCCCCGACCGACGAAUCCGAUCAUCGGCUGCCGGAACCCCUUUGUGUUGUGCAACUCGCGCUCGAAGGUGAGAUCUCCAAGCAGAGUAUCAUGAACAACCUGAACCGGGGCCAACGCGCGGGCGGCGAUCUCAUUCCCUGGAUUGUCUCGCAGCAGUUCCAAGACUCGGAGUUUGGAACUCUGUCUGGCGCACGUGUUGUGCGUAUCGCUACGCAUCCAGAGUACACAAAGAUGGGGUACGGCUCGCGCUCGAUGGAGCUGCUGACAGAGUACUUCCAAGGCAAAUUCGCGCCGCUCGUAGAGCCGACGGCCGGCGUGAGCGCGACCGAAAAGAAGGUUGCGACCGUCACCGACACUGAACUCGAGUCUGGGUCCGAGCAGCUGCUGACGGAGACAAUCAAGGUCCGCGACGCAAAGAGCAUGCCGCCGUUGCUGCUCAAGCUGUCGGAGCAGUCGCCUUCGCGUCUCGACUACCUCGGCGUGUCAUACGGUCUCACGCCGCAGCUGCUCAAGUUCUGGAAAAAGGGCGGGUACAAGCCCGUUUACCUGCGCCAGACGGCGAACGAGCUGACGGGCGAGCACACGUGCGUCAUGAUCAAGCCGCUGACGCCGAACGGGGACAGCGAAUGGCUCGAUGCGUUUGCGUCUGAUUUCCGGAAACGGUUUGUGCAGUUGCUUGCCUACGAGUUCCGCGACUUUGCGGCCGUCACAGGUCUGUCUGUGCUCGAGUCCGCGGCCGUGAGCCAGAAGGGGUAUAUCAGCAAGAAGGACGUCGACAGCCUGUUUUCGCCGUAUGAUUUGAAGCGGCUGGAGUCGUAUGCCAACAAUUUGCUUGAUUACCACGUGAUUGUGGAUCUCUUGCCGCCGAUCGCGCAGCUCUACACGCAGAACCGACUUCGGACGCUGAUCUCAGAGACGGAGGAGGAGGUGAAGUUGUCGGCUGUGCAGGCGACGAUUCUGCUUGGAAUUGGUUUGCAAAAGAAGGACGUGACGACGAUGGAGAAAGAACUGGGUCUGCCAAGCAGUCAGAUCCUGGCGAUGUUUGCAAAGAGCAUCCGCAAGAUCUCGACAUUCUUCCGAGGUGUGCAAGAGCGCGCUGUGGAGGAGUCGCUGUUCAGCUCGUCUGAUAAGAUCAAAAGCGAGGCGCAGAACGGCAAGGACGUCUCGUCGGCUGUUGUCCCGGCCGAAGAAGGCAUCGAUGACGAGGAACUGAUGAACGGUGACUUGGUGUCUGGCUUCACGCCCAUGGCGCAGCGACUGGCCGACGACCUCGCGGACGCGGGCGCGGAGGUGCUCGACGAACUCAAGGAGAAGCAGAAAGAGCUGAUCAACGCCCUCGACCUGACGCAGUACGCGAUCGACACCGACCCGGCCGAGUGGGAUAUCUCUGACCGACUUGCGGGCCGGAUUGCGAAGGACGGCAAGGGCGUCGUGAGCGUGAAGAGCGGGAAGGAAAGGAAGCGCAAGGGUGAGGCGGGGACUGCUGCAGAGAUCUACGACGAGGAGCUCAAGAAGCUUGAGAAGACCAAGUUGGGCAGCAGCAGCGGGAAGCGUAGUUCGAAGAAGAGCCGGCGGGCGUAGGUGUAGUGUAGUGUACAGCAAUCCAAAAGUCAUUCUCAUCUUAUCCGAACCCGAAGCCGACCUUAAUUCUUAGUUUCAGGGGUAGCGCUGUCAUCGGAGCUUAAACAAUUACUCAUCAAUUAGCUCAUUCUGCCUGUUGGGGGACCCGUGCUGAGGUGUACGCGUGCAGGCGGCGGAUGUGCUGAGUUGUACGCGCAGAGGAAAUACUGCGGCCGGACCUGGGCGCCUGAGUUUGUCCGAUGGAGCGGGUUACGAGCUUUUUUGCGCG